UUCAAAAAUAGUGGCGUGUUCUCAUCAAGUUUGUACAAUGCCAGGCCAAAAUGCAAAUGUUCUCCGUUUCAAAGGAAGCAAUUUUAUGAGGCAAAGACUCAUACUUUCUAUAUUGACCGGAAAAUCAAUAUACAUUUCUGACAUUCGAACCAAGGAUACUGAGCCUGGACUUAGAGAGUAUGAAGUAAAUCUUCUCCGUUUGCUGGAUAAACUCAUGAAUGGAAUGUGGCUAGAAGUCAGUGAAACUGGAACAAGUUUUUCUUUUACUCCUGGUUCACUACUUGGUGGACAAAUAGACCAUGAAUGUUGUAAACUUCGUGGCAUUGGUUACUAUUUAGAAGUCAUUUUUGCCCUUGCACCUUUCUGUAAGAAACCAAUCUCCAUAACUCUGAGAGGUGUUACAAAUAAUCAGUGUGAUCCUUCAGUUGAUUCUUUCAAACAUGGAGGUCUAUCAGUUUUAAAACAGUUUAUAGUUGUUGAUCCAGGGAUUGAUUUUAAGAUUAAUAAACGUGGAUUGGAACCAGAUGGAGGUGGUGAAAUUACUUUUACUUGUCCUUCUCUUAAAUUGAAACCUAUUCAGGUAAAGGAAAUGGGAAAAAUUAAAAAGAUAAGAGGUAUAGCUUUUGCAUCAAAAGUCUCACCUUCGAUGGCCAACAGAUUCAUUGAAGCAGCGAAGGGUGAAAUGUUAAAAUUUAUUCCUGAUGUAUUCAUUACAAGUGAUCAUUUAAAAGGUCAAUGUGCUGGAAAAUCUCCAGGUUUUGGAGGCACACUUGUUGCUGAAACAACCAAGGAAAUAAUAUUUACCGCAGAGAAGAAUAGCUUGCCCAAGGAAAGGCAGGUACCUGAAGACCUUGGGAAACAAGCUGCCUGGCUGCUGAUGGAAGAAAUUUCUAGAGGAGGAUUAGUUGAUUCCAGCUUCCAAGGAUUAGCGCUUAUAUACAUGGCUUUUGGUCAGAAAGAUGUCUCUCAGAUGCUAUUUGGCCCUCUCUCAAUAUAUGGAAUCGAAAUGAUGAGGCAUAUAAUAGCUUUCCUGAAUGUCAUGUUUAAGUUGGAACCUUAUUUUGAAGAAGAUGAAAAUGAGUUAAAAAAAGGAACCAACAAAGUCCUGGUAUCUGGUGUUGGUAUUGGUUUCAAUAAAUUUAGUUAAACCAAUACUUAUUUAAUUUGCCUGUAUUAUAUAUAAAUUGUUGUAUAUAUUGUAAAUAAAUUAUUUUAUAUCAUUAUA